GAAUAGAUGGACAUGGCCUGGCAGAUGACACAGUUGCUGCUUCUGGCUUUGACGACUGCUGUGGGGAGUACCCAGCUCAGGACUCCACGGGCCAGGACAGACCUACUCAACGUCUGCAUGGAUGCCAAGUACCACAAGGCGCAGCCGGGCCCCGAGGACAAGUUGUAUGGUCAGGUGAGGAUGGAGCUCCUCAAUGGUCCUCCACAGUGAGUGCUCCUCUGGAUGACCCACCUGGGGCAGAGGAGCCAGAAUACAGAGCAGACAGCUGUGGUGGGGGAGGGAUUUAGUCCUGUGCCUUCCCCACCCAGUGCAGUCCCUGGAGGAAGAACGCCUGCUGCACCGUCGACACCAGCCAGGAGCUGCACAAGGACACCUCCCGCCUGUAUAACUUUAACUGGGAACACUGCGGCACGAUGGAGCCCGCCUGCAAGCGUCACUUCAUCCAGGACAACUGCCUCUACGAGUGCUCACCCAACCUGGGGCCCUGGAUCCGGCAGGUAAACCAAAGCUGGCGCAAAGAGCGGAUCCUGAACGUGCCCCUGUGCAAGGAAGACUGUGAGCGCUGGUGGGAGGAUUGUCGCACCUCCUACACCUGCAAGAGCAACUGGCAAAAAGGCUGGAACUGGACCUCAGGGAUUAACCAGUGCCCAACUGGGACCACCUGCCGUACGUUUGAGUCCUACUUCCCCACCCCAGCUGCCCUUUGUGAGGAUCUCUGGAGUCACUCCUACAAGGUCAGCAACUACAGCCGAGGGAGUGGCCGCUGCAUCCAGUUGUGGUUUGACUCAGCCCAGGGCAAUCCCAACGAGGAGGUGGUGAAGUUCUAUGCUGCGGCCAUGGGUGCUGGCGCCACACUUCACGGGACUGGGGCACUGGGCACUGGUUCCUGAUCAAAGAAGUGUUUCCUGGGGUUCCUCCAACAGUCUGUUCUAAUAGACAGAUUCACUUGUA